UUGUGUUGCAAGGAUUUAUCUGUUUUACACAGCAGUUAUGUGUAGGUUACAAUUUACACAUCUUAUUAAUUUGUCAAAGCAUUCAACACAAUUUGUGUAGACUGAUCUGCUUACACAUUCAGUGUAGCUUUUUCUUUCAGGUCAGAUAUUUAAUUUUAGUAAAAUUUUCAGCAGCCCUCUUAUCCCGUAAUAUUCACGUAAUAAUCAAACUGUAAUAAACGAUCAAAUUAUAUUUUGUGUCAAUUGUUAACUUAAUGCGCGCCCCCUUUAAAUCGCGGGUGCUCGUCAAAAACCGCCUUUUGCCAGCGAGAACACGGUCACUUCCCGCUGGUGACAAGAAAUUCUCAGGUAAAUUAAACUUAAAACGUUUCUUAAUUUAUAUAUACACAUGAAAGACAACUUUCCGUAAGAGAAAUGUAUUUUACUCGUUAACUUUAGACACUUUCUGAACGAUGUACAACGGAAUGCUUGUCGUCUUCAAUCACUUGCAGCUCACGCUCGUCAAAUAACCGCCUUUGCCUGAGCAAAGACGUUCACUUCUGGCUGGUGACAAUUCUCAGGUAAGUUACGCUUGAAACGUUUCUAAACUUAUAUUUAUACAAGAAAUGCAACGUUUUGUGACAGAAAUGUAUUUUACUCAUAACUUUAGACACUCUGAACGAUAAAGUGAUGUAACGUCAGUACAACGAAAUGGAUGUUUCCUCCAAAUCGCUCGUGCUCCUCAAAUAACCCCGCAUUUUGCCUGGGAGAAGACGGUUACCUUCCGCUGGUGACAAGUAAUUCUGAGCAAAUGGAACCAUUUGGUAAUGAUCUUGUACCAGUGCCUUCUGGGUCAUUGGCUACUGGACUGACUAAAGCUGUACUUGUUACCAUCUACAAAGACAAGACAGAAACAUGCAGAAAGAUUUUCCACAUCAGUGAUGCCUCACAGCUUUUGGGAAACUGCUAUUCAGAAUUCCCUGAUCCUGUUAAGUUAGAACGGUUUCUUAAAUAUAACAAAGACUUCAAUGAUUACAUUGACUGUGACAUCACAACAACUGUGCAAGAAUAUGACAAAUUUCAAGUUCAUGUUGCUACAGAAGUCAUCCUACAACUUCAAGUGAUAAAUAUGCAGCCUCCUCAGAAUGAAAAUAUUCAAGCUGAAGACCAUCUGCCAUUAAAGUCAUUCCUGACCAAGAAGGUGCCUGAUAUAAUGACUGAAUAUCAGUGCACUGGUGUUUUAUCUUCGCAAGGAAGGAGAAAGAUCAUCACUAUCUGCGUUGGUGAUCUUGUUGCAAAACAUGGAUUCUACCCCUCAACUGCAGACAAGCUAAGUUUGGCUAAAUCCUUAAUUGGAGUUUUUCCUUCUCUGAGUCUCAGCAUAUUUGGAGAGAAUGAAGGAUACGAACAUCUAUAUGACCCUGUCUCCCAUAAAGGAUUCAUCGAAAUGAAACUUCGGAAUAUGAGGCGGCAUCUUGAAGAGGGACAGCGACGCUAUCAACGAAAACGUAAAGUUCCCUGCAGCGUUUCACCAGGAUCAUCAGGAACUCUGUCAUCGGCUGAUGAAGACCCAAGUGAAUGGUUGAGUGUCAUCAAGAGAAUAAAGCCAUCAUCUGAGAACAUCGCUACCAUCAGAACAGCAAUGGAGAAGACCUUUAACCAUCGCAGGAAUUGGAUUAGCACACAGUCGCCAACAAUUUGUGAAAUUACCCAACAGUACCCACGUUUCAUAGACAUGCCAUUCCUGGGCUGUGACGGUGGCAGUUUUUUACCACUGCGGUGGUAA